CGGGUCUCCGGGAAGAUGGUCACAGCCCAUCCCUGCUGUCUGCAGAAGCGCUUUUCCUUUUGGUGUUGCUUUAAGAUCUCUUUGAUGGCCGCAGUGCUCCUGAUACCCAAGCCCUAUGAUGCCUGUGAUCCUCCUCCAAGAUUCGAGUUUAUGAAGCCAAAUGCUACUAAAUCCAGUUAUAAUCCUGGGGACGUAGUAUACUUUGUUUGUCGACCAGGAUACAAGCCUGUUUUACCUCCUCUUCCCAUGUCUUCCGUUUGUCAGGCUAAUAACAUGUGGACACCUCUUCAGGAGGCUUGUACAGCAAAACAAUGUCAGCAUCCAAGAGAACCCGUAAAUGGCCAGUUAGCCGCUGUGAAUGGAUCUUUUUCCUUUGGUUCGCAGAUUCACUAUUCUUGUAAUGAAGGUUAUCGGCUAGUUGGAGAAAGAAUUCUAUACUGUGAAAUUUCUACUGCUGAUGAAAGAAAAGUGACUUGGAGUGAUGAUCUCCCACUAUGUAUAAGGAUAAUGUGUCCACCACCUGGAAAAAUACCAAAUGGAAAAUAUACCGGUAGUGAGAAGGAUGAAUUUGAAUAUAAUGAAGUGGUAAUUUACAGGUGUAAUCCUUCAAAUGGACCAGAUGAAUAUUCACUUGUUGGAGAGAGUAAUCUUAUUUGUACUGGCAAUGGUGUAAGGAGUAGUCACCCUCCUGAGUGUAAAGUCGUCAAAUGUCCAUUUCCAAACCCUAAAAAUGGAAGACUGUUAUCAGGAUUCAGAAAAAAAUACUACUACAGCACAGUCACAUUUGAAUGCGACCCGGGUUAUUACCAUGAGGGUGAGAACACAGCAGUCUGUGGUAGUAACAGUAUUUGGGAGCCUGCGAAGCCAACGUGUCUUAAAGGACCUCGCCCAAACCCUGGUGAUGACCCAAACGUUGAUGGCCCUAAGACUUUAGGUGGAGGCAUCAUUGCGGUGAUCGUUGUUUCUGUUCUUGCUGUUGUUGUGGUACUUGGCGGUUUCCUGUGUUGGAAGACACAAGAAGACACAAGAAGAAAGGGUUGAAGUAAAACGGUUGGGGUUGCUGACAGGGGGAAAGAGAACCUGGGGCCGAAUACCAUGCUUAUCAGGUUAAAUCAACUAUGCCAGCCGAUCACUAAAAGGUUUCUACACACUGGUAAAUCCUUUGAGAUCUACAGUAAAUUCACACAGCUUUAUGGAAAACAGUACAAAUGUUCCUCAAAAGAUUAAGAACAGAGAAUCAUUGGAUGAUCCAACAGUUCCACUCAUGGGUAUAUAUCCAAAGGAAACAAAAUAACUGUACAGCACUCUUUUCACUGCAGCAUUAUUUAUAAGAGCCCCAACGCAGAAACAACCAUGGAGGGAGGCAUUCUAACAGAAAACAUGCUACUCAAAUAUGGCGGCAUACUAUUCAGCCAUAGAAAAGAAGGAAAUCUUGAUGUUGAGGGCAGAAUAUAUGGACCCUCCAGGCAUUUUGCUAAGUGAAAUAAAAGUGAAACAGAAGGACACAUACUGUAGGAUUUUACUUGUUGUAGAAUCUAAAAACAACAACAACAAAAAAAAAAAAAAGGGAAAAACUCCUAGAAACCCGAUUGGUGGUUGCUCUGCGAGGGGUGUGAGCAGAAUUGGGUGAAGAACGUCAAAGGGGACAAACAUCCAGUUUUAACAUUAGCAAAUACCGGGAUAGAAUUAACGUGUGGCCUGGUGGUGUGGUGCUGCUAUAUUGUAUAUUAGCAAGCUGUUAAGAGUAGAUCUUAAAAGUCCUGAUCAGGAAGACAAAAAUUUUUGUAAUUGUGGUGCUAUCAGCUAAAUUCUGUGGUGAGCAUUUCACAACAUAUCUUAUCAGUUCAGGCUGUACACACCUUAAAUGUAUACCAUGUUACAUGUCAGUUACGUCAGUAAAACCAGGAGGGGAAAAAAAGGGUUCUAUAAAAAUCAUUGUCUAGGUUUUUUUUUUUUUUUUUUUUCACUCAGAUAAGUGCAGCCGUUAAGCCAUAAUGCUAGCAUUUUAAUGUGGUUUGAAUGCUUUGAUGCUGCUUUGAACAGUGUAUGAAUAUGGGAAUGAACUUCUGGCCUGUUUUCCCUUAAAUAACAUCUGCAUUUAUAGGACAACUCAACACAGUAUCCCUGGUAGUAUUUAGGUGGGAAGAUAAGUUUUUUAAAUGAAAUACCCAAAUUUAGAGAAUUGUGCAAGAUAAAUUAUAUUUUAUUUGUAAAGAAAGUGAUUUUGAAAUCCUUUUUGUUCAAAGAUUGAGAAGUCUUUAUUCACUCUUUCAACAACUCUUAAGAUGUGUUUUAUGUAUUGUUCUGUGUAAACAGCCUUACAAAUAUGUGUAUUCUACUUCGACCCUUAACAUUAAAAAUGGGAACACUGAAAAUUGGGAAAAAAAA